GAUGUAGAGGAGGGUGUCCUUUUUGGUGCGGACGAACGAAACGAGAACGGGAUCAAGUGGUGCGGCGCCCUGGCAAAGUGCAUAAAAUCAGCAUCUCUUUGAAAACAAUACCAAGAAACUCGAACGAACGAGUUAGUGACCAUCGUCUGCACUGAAACCGUUGGGCCUUGGAUUAUUCACCUUCUACAACCGGAAGUUAUCAGUUUAUUUAUCGCGUGAAAAAUACCACACUCCCCUCGCGAUCGCACCCCGUUCGAGGCCGGCAAAAUGGUGAUAUCAGCAGACCAUGAGCGGAACGGCAUCGCGGACUUUUUCACGCAGGUGGACCCAGAGGUGCGAAAAGUUACCCUUGCCAUCGGUAACAUCAUCUCGAAGAACUCGAUCAAAGAGAUCACGCUGGAAAAAUCGCUUAACGUCAUGAUGGAACAUUGCCGCGACGCUGGCUCGCUGCUGGCGAAGAACAUCGUGAAACCGGAGUACCUUUUCAAGUACCUGCAAAGCUACAACAUACAUCUACCACAGGACAGUACAAAGGCGAUGCUGAUCGAACACUGUCUGCAGCUAUGGAGACGAAAGUACGGUGUCUCGGCCUGCUCCUCCGGUGCUGAGGGAAUGACUGGCACACACUCUCGGUCUUUCGAUCAGCCUGGCCCUUCGUCACAGUCACAAUCGCAGUAUGCCUUUCCUUCAACAUCGGCCGAUUCCAGUUCUUCCAGUGGGACCACGUUACAGAAUCACAUCGACAACUACAACGCACUGGCCGCUUCGACAAAUGGUGUGUUCUUCAGUGAAAAUACGAACGGUCCGGGAGAACAGGGCUCGGAGCCGCCCGGUCUCGAGCAGUACCCGGUGAACCUGCUUGCGCUCGACUAUACGGUGUGGUUCUUUCUCAAGUGGAACCGCAAUUCACUCGACGAGUCCGCCUUUUGGCUCGAUGCCAGCUGUACGGUGAUGCUGGAGAUCAGUGAAACGCAGCAGGGCACGGAACAGGUGUGCGGUCCACAGGACAUAAUCAACCUGAUCCUUACGCUUAAGUUCCAGUAUAACUUCCAGCUCGUACCGAAUAUCAUGUUCGACGGGUGCCAGGGACGAAUUGUUGAAUCGGACGUGCUGGCAAUGUCGUGUGGCGUGGUGUACAACAAUCAGCCCGGUCCGGACAAUCGGUACGUGUGCUUGGGAGAGUUCGAGACGCUCAUUGCGUUACGGAGGGAUCCGAUGGAGAACAAUAACUGGAAGGUACGGAUGAUGAAGCUAUACAUCAGGUACAAGAAGGUGGACAACCUGCCAGCACUAGGGAAUAGUAAAAUGCUCAACAGUUGCCUUAUGCUUCCGUUAACGAUGGAUGCCGUUUGAUGAGAGGGUACGGGGUGGCUGCCCUCUUUCUCCUUUCUCCCCCGGUAGGGGUGUGCCUUACAUUCUGAAGCUCAGCUCUACUAUGCCGUUCGUUUGUACAUCUCAUAGAGAACACAGGCAGUUCGUCUCCGUACUUAAACCGAGGAAAUUGGGGCGACGACGAUUCAAGGGCACACAUGGUUGUUCGCGUUAUUGUGCCAUGUAGCGAUUGUUUAUUUUCUUUUUAUUUCUUCAACAGAACAGGGUGUGAAACACUGUAUUAUAGUGAUCUAAGAAUGGAUCCCGUUUGUAAAACAAUAAAAACCAAAUUA